UUUUUAGGCUUAGUCACCAUAAAUCUGAACAGUAUAUGAUUAUAAGUAAACAUAGUAUAUGAACAGUAUAUGAGAUAAAAUCCAUUUAAACUCAGAAGCUAUUUACUGGGUUGUCUAGGAGUAUUUGAUUCCUUCCCCCCUUUUCUGUGUUUUUAGAUCUACUCCCAUGAAAAUGAAAAACCUAAGAAUUUUUCAGUGACAAAUUGUUUUCUGUUGGAAGUAUAGCAAUUACAGGUGAUAAUGAACAUGUAAAAGAACCUGGUUCUUACUAUAUACAGUCUUCAAUGAACAGAAUCUGUCUUUACUCUGCUUUCUGCCAAAAGCUAUUUUCUGAGAAGAGUCUCUACACUCAGGGUACCUAAAGGGGCGGUUUGGGGGUAGUCUCUUCAGCUAGUAGAAAUGACUAUAACUGAAAAGUUGCAUCAAACUCAAAGGAAUUUGAGGAAGUUUGGUGGAGCAGGCCCAUGAUAGCAUCUGAGAAAUAGAAUUCUGCUUUGCUUGUCUGUCUUUUCCUGAACUGAUGGGGUCAUUAAGAAAUGUCAUUAGUUGCCUUCCAUCCUCAAGACAGGUUCCCAUCUUCUUGGAUCACUGGGUGACUGCAGUUGACUGAUUCCAGCACACAAACCAGUGCUGAUGAAUUCCAUCUGGCACUGGGGAGUGCAAGUGUAUCUUUUCUCUCCUGUCUCAACACAGAAGUCUUUAUUUUUUACUUUUAUUUUUUUUUCAAAGAUUUAUUUUUAUUUAUUUAUACAAGCACUGGAUACAGUCAGAAGCACGGGAAGGUGAGAGAAUUCACCAGAGCCAGAGCCGGGAGCAGAGCAGGCAGAAGGACCGAAGCACACUGCUGAGGGGAGCAGCGGGUGGAAGGAGAGGUCUGCACGCCAUGUGGGACCCUCCUCCGGGGCCGGGGAGCAGCUGGGGAUCAAACUGGCGCUGCAGAGGCUGCGGGCAGCUUUGCAACCCAGCGCUCAACCACUGCACCACCAGGAAGGCCCCACAGAAGUCUUUAUAUAGGUCUUCACACUUCCAACCUGUUCUGAAAUCUGUUUGAUUUUAUACUUUUCGCUCAUAAAUCUGAAUCAUUUAUCUUAAAUUACAAGAGAGAUAAGCUUUAAGUAAGUACUUGUUCAAGUAUAUCUAACUCAUUAAUGAAGGAGCCAGUAGGGUGGUAAAGUUGGCAACCAAUUACUUUUAACACAGUGAAUUAACUUUGAAUAAAUGCACUGAAAGCAGAAAACAGUUUGUUGUGCCUGGGAGAGCUACAUAAAUUUCAUAGAUUACACAAUUCUGCUUAGAUUAGGAUUUGGAGAAUGAGUGGGGAUUUGUCAGCUAGACAAAGAACCAUGUGCAUUCCAAGAAAUAACAGGCACAAGCUUGAAAGCCUGGUGUGUUUUUCCUGAACCAAAAACCAGCAUGGUUAGGAGUAGGGAGUGGCAGAAAGUAAAGUUAGAGAAUUAAAGUAGGAGCCAAAUCCUGGAGGACUUGUACUUUCUGUACUUGAUUCUAUAAGUUGAGAUUUCCUAAAUUGUAUUUCACAGAACACUAUUUUCCAGGUAUGUUAGAUACAUUGAGGCCUAAAGAUCUCAUACUUAAGUUUGGUAAAGACCGAGUUAAAUAAAGUGAAACUGAUUUCUUUAUUGCAGGACUGCUACACAGUCUUCAGAGUAUAGCGAAAUCUUCAGGGGGAGUGUUGACUCAAAUUUUCAGCCUGAACAAUAAUUACAUAGUUAUGUCUUUAAUCAGAAGAGGUUUGGCCAAAGAUGACAUGCAAGCUGCUCUUCCCACUUCCAGCACUGUCACAGGUGGCUGCGCUGCAGCGGCAGAUCUUUGACUUCCUGGGCUACCAGUGGGCUCCUAUUCUCGCCAACUUCCUGCACAUCAUGGCCGUCAUCCUGGGCAUCUUUGGCACCGUCCAGUACCGCUCCCGGUACCUCAUUCUGUAUGCAGCCUGGCUGGUGCUCUGGGUUGGCUGGAAUGCCUUUAUCAUCUGCUUCUACCUGGAGGUUGGACAGCUGUCCCAGGACCGGGACUUCAUCAUGACUUUCAACACAUCCCUGCACCGCUCCUGGUGGAUGGAGAAUGGGCCGGGCUGCCUGGUGACACCUGUCCUGAACUCCCGCCUGGCCCUGGAGGACCACCAUGUCAUCUCUGUUACUGGCUGCCUGCUUGACUACCCCUAUAUUGAAGCACUCAGCAGUGCCCUGCAAAUCUUCCUGGCUCUCUUUGGCUUCGUGUUCGCCUGCUACGUGAGCAAAGUGUUCCUGGAAGAGGAGGACAGCUUUGAUUUCAUCGGUGGCUUUGACUCCUACGGAUACCAGGCGCCCCAGAAGACGUCGCAUUUACAACUGCAGCCUCUAUACACGUCCGGGUAGCUUCUGCCCCGCGCCCACCCCUGCAGACUUGGUGGCUGGACUGACAGCGCUGCAGCCAACUCUGGCGAAAAUGGGCAGGCGCGCCCUCUGGCGGCUCCCGGGCCGACUGCAGGCUGCACUAGCUGGAUCUGGGUCUGCUGCCCUCUUGGACUUGGUGGCCCUUUGCAGCACGGACUUAAG